AUGAAAAGCUUACGGAGGGACUUCUCUUCUGACCCGCAUACCGCAAAUGUCACUAGCAAAAUCUUCGUUAGGUCGACAAAAAGUGGAAAGGUGCAAAAGAUCGUUCGUGAGCUUUACCUGAGACAGGAUAUUCCUUGCUCAUCAAAGCUGUGUUCAACAUGCCCCUCGGUCGCUCCAGCGGAUGCAAAUGGAAACAUUGCGCCUUUCGUUCUUUCAGAGCACCCCGCCGGUACAACCGCUUUCCCUCGUGGCCAUUACCUCGUUCCUGAUACCAACGCGUUGCUGAAUGGUAUGGAUCUAUUUGAACAUACCGGCGCAUUCUACGAUGUGAUCAUCCUUCAAACAGUUCUUGAAGAACUCAAGAACCAGUCUCUACCCCUCUACAACCGCUUGCUUGCUUUAAUCAAGACCGACGAGAAACGCUUUUACCUGUUUUUCAACGAAUUUAGAAUGGAAACACAUGUGCGGAGAGGGCCAAAUGAAUCGAUCAAUGACAGGAAUGACCGUGCCGUCCGUGCUGUAGCAAAAUGGUACACCGAGCAUUUACGAGCCGCAGCGAAGAAGGGAAAGAAAGAGAAGACAGUGCCUGCUAUUGUUGUUAUCACGGACGACAAAGACAGCUUGCGCAAGGCAAAGGAGGAGAACGUGACAGCCCUAUCGUUAACCGAUUACGUCUCGGGCUUGGAGGAUUCCGACAGAUUACUCGAUAUGAUCAACGAGUCAAGAGAACAAAGAGAGACCAAGGGUGUACGCGGAGAGCUUUUUUACCCAGAAUACUAUACAAUGUCCAAGAUAAUGACUGAAUUGAGGGCUGGUACCUUACAUCAAGGUGUCUUCAAUGUGUCUCCGUACAAUUAUCUUGAGGGUUCCGUCAAUGUCGCAGCAUUUGACAAGCCUCUUCUUAUUCUGGGUCGCGACAACAGUAAUAGAGCUAUUUCUGGGGACGUCGUUGUGAUUGAAGUGCUUCCUAAGGAUCAGUGGAAAUCCCCAUCAACUAAGAUUGUGGACGAAGAAGCAGUAACCAAGAACGACAACCCUGACGCUGAGGAUAACGAGGCCGUGGUCACUGAAAGGGAAAGAAAAGCUUUACAGGAAGAGGUCAGACAAGCGCAUGGAAAGAAUACAGAAGGAAGGCCUCAGCCAACAGCUAAGGUUGUGGGCGUGAUCAAACGAAACUGGCGGCAGUACGUCGGACACGUUGACUCGGGAUCGACAGGCUCCCAAGCUAGCUCUGGUCGGCGUCAGCAAAAUGUUUUCGUUUUGCCCAUGGAUAAGCGUGUACCUAAGAUUAGGGUGCGCACCAGGCAAGCCUCCGAAUUGCUGGGUCAACGAAUUCUCAUCACAAUCGAUUCAUGGGAUCGUGAUUCUCGGUAUCCUACUGGACACUUUAUUCGUUCAUUGGGAGAGCUCGAAACAAAGGGAGCUGAGACAGAAGCCCUGCUACUCGAAUACGAUGUACAAUAUAAGCCGUUCCCUAAAGCCGUUCUCGACUGUCUUCCUGCAGAGGGACAUGACUGGAGGGUUCCCGCCAGUAAGGAAGAUAUCGGCUGGAAAGGCCGCAGAGACCUCAGAGACCUCCUUAUAUGUAGCAUUGAUCCACCAAACUGCCAGGAUAUUGACGAUGCUCUUCACGCACGCCCGUUGCCCAAUGGCAACUUUGAAGUUGGAGUCCAUAUCGCAGAUGUAUCACAUUUCGUUAAGCCGAACAAUGCGAUGGACCUAGAAGCUAGUCUGCGUGGUACAACAGUCUAUCUAGUCGACAAACGUAUUGAUAUGCUUCCACACUUGCUUGGUACCGAUCUUUGCUCGCUCAAGCCUUACGUGGAACGUUAUGCUUUCUCGGUUCUGUGGGAGAUGACUCCAAAUGCUGAGGUUGUUUCCACAGACUUCACCAAAUCCGUCAUUCGUUCUCGUGAAGCCUUCAGUUACGAGCAGGCCCAGAUGCGCAUUGACGAUCCAUCGAAAAAGGAUGAACUAACCGAGAGCAUGCGCACCUUGCUUCGGUUCUCCAAGAUUCUCCGCCAGAAGCGUAUGGAUGCAGGUGCACUGAACCUGGCCUCGCCUGAAGUUCGUAUCGAAACCGAUAACGACGAGGUUGGAGAUCCACUUACGGAUGUCAAGACAAAAGCUAUGCUCGCAACCAACAGUCUCGUUGAAGAAUUCAUGCUUCACGCCAAUAUCACUGUUGCAGCGAAAAUCUACAGUACAUUCUCCCAAACUGCCAUGCUACGACGACACGCCACCCCUCCACCACAGAACUUUGAAGAGCUCAUUAAUCAACUUUCCAAGAAGCGGGAUAUGAGGCUUGAUGUUUCUAGCUCACGCGCCCUGGCCGACUCGCUUGACCAGUGUGUCGAUGCUAAGAACCCCUUCUUUAACACCCUAGUCCGCAUUCUCGCUACCCGAUGCAUGACAUCUGCAGAGUAUUUCUGCGCAGGUGCUCAUGCUGAGUCGGAAUUCCGUCACUAUGGUUUGGCCUCUCCCAUCUACACGCAUUUUACAUCGCCAAUUAGACGAUAUGCCGACUUGUUAGUCCAUCGACAACUUGCGUCUGCUAUUGGAUAUGAAGGCGAAGACGGCCGGGCAGUCGUUGAAGGUGUUAUGACCCGCAACCGUCUGGAAGACAUUUGCCGCAAUAUCAACUACCGCCACCGCAAUGCCCAACAUGCUGGUCGAGCUAGCAUCGAGUACUACGUUGGUCAGGCAUUAAAAGCACGCGGCGAGAAGCUAUCCACUAACGGAGUAGACGGCGGCAUCGAAGAAGAAGGUUACGUCAUGCGCGUUUUUGAGAACGGCGUGGUAGUUUUUGUUCCGCGAUUUGGUAUCGAGGGUGUGGUGCGUCUGGAAGACUUUGUGCUCAAGGGUGAUUCUGCCCUACGAUCUGUUGAGGAACGACGAGAACUAGUAGUCCGUCGCGAGAGCGAAUUUGACAAUGAGGAAUACACUCUUCAAGUUUCGGAUAAGGGUCACUCUGAUCAAGGCAUGAGCGUGGAACUCUUCCAGAGAGUCAAGGUCAACGUCAGCUCCGUGAAGGAAGAAAGUGGCCGGGGUGCAGGAAAGAGAAGGGUUAGGGUGUUGAUUUUGGGAGCUCAAAAUUAG